GGGGAGGGUGGUUGCUGAUGAGGAUGCUGCAGAUGCUGUUGUUGUUGCUGUUGUUGUUGUUGAUGAUGUUGAUGUUCAUGUGGUUGUUCUUUGUCUUCUUGAUGAAGAAGGAUGGGUGGACUAUGAUGGCCAAAUGUACUGGAAGAAGGCGUAAAGAGUUCCAUAUCUUCCAAUUUGAUGAUGGGUCUUGCGGCGGUGGAAUAAAAAUCGUCCGCUUCUGCGGUAUCACUGUGAUAGGAAGUGGGAUAAUGCAGCAUGUUCAAGGUGGUGGUGUCGAUGGUCAAUUGGGGUAUAGCGAUGCUUAACGCUGGCUCGGGGCUUGGUUGUAAUUGUCUCAUUUUAUAAAAGUCUUGUUCUUCUGCUUCAUCAUCAAG